GUAAUACUAAAAAAACAUACCAGCUCUCCAUUCAGCAAUCUCAGGGAAAAAGUUACAACGAUUCCGUGAACUUUUCACAAGAGCCUUCGUCAAGCUCUAUCCUUCAUCCAUCUCGAACCAUGGCCGCAAACAACCUGCCUCACCUACAACGCUUCAUAGAAUUUAUCAACUCGGGCGACACAAAGAUUGGCCAAGAAGUUGUAUCCGACUCAGCCAUCUUCCACGUCCCCUUCGGACCCGAGCCUCUCAAAGGACUGGAUGGCUAUCUCCACAUCCUCGGAACGAUGCGCGGCGCAUUCCCUGACAUCAACUGGACUUUGCAAGAAACUAUUAGCGAAGGCGAUAAGGUAGUCGCACGCUUUGAAACUCGGGGCACGCACAAGGGUGACUUCAUGGGUGUGCCUGCAUCAGGGAAGAGCAUUUGCAUGACGGCUCUCAACAUCUAUCGUUUUGCGGAUGGCAAGAUUGUGGAGGAGAGGGGACAGCCAGAUAUCUUUGGGUUGAUGAUGCAAAUCGGGGCGAUUCCGGGACCGCCGCCGCCGAGUGCUUCAUAGAUCGAACCCAUAAAUACAAAGGAGUACAACAUUAUGG